AUGAAUGGAAUCCAGCUGUUGGCUGCCUGCACCGAUUUCUGUGAACCAGGUAGAUGCAGAAUUCAAGUUGAUUGUAUCAAACUAAACUACCUGGUUUUAAUUCGUGCCUUUGCUAAUGGCUAUGCAAACCAUGGGGAUGUGGUGACCUAUGAAGAUGUUCACAUAAACUUCACUCUGGAGGAAUGGGCUUUGUUGACUCCUUCCCAGAAGAGUCUCUACAAAGAAGUGAUGCAGGAGACCUACAGAAACCUUACUGCUGUUAUAAAUGGGAAGACACACAAUAUCGAAGAACAUUUUCAAAAUUUUCAAAUACAUGGAAGUCUGAGUCAGGGCAUUACAGGAGAAUGCGAUGAAUGCAAUCACUGUGCUAAAGCCCUGAGUUCUAACAGUUCUCAUCAGAGAUGUGGAAAAACCCACCUAGACAAUGGAUGCUACAAAGAUGAGCUGUGUACUAAAGGUUCUGUUAUUCAUAGGCAUGAAAUAAGUCAUAUUGGAAAUACACGAUGUGAAUGUACUCAGUGUGAUAAAGACUUUGUACAUAACACUGGUCUUCAAAAUUAUGAAAGAAUUCCUACUGGAGAAAACCCCUAUGAAUGUAAUCGAUGUGGUAAAUCCUUUGUAUGGCACAGUACUCUUAGAAAUCAUGAAAGACAGCAUACUGGAGAAAAACCCUAUGAAUAUAUUCAUUGUAGUACAGACCUCAGUCAUCUUCAAAGGCAAGAAAGAAUCAUAAGACAGAGAACGCUAGAAUGCAAUCAAUGUGGUAAAGCCUUUCCAUGUCACACCUUUGCAUACCACAAUACUCUUAAAAAUCAUGAACGAGUACAUACUGGAGAGAAACCCUAUGAAUGUAGUGAAUGUGGAAAAUUCUUUGCAAAUCUCUGUAAUCUUAUAACUCAUGAAAAAGUUCAUAUUGGAGGGACAUCCUAUGGAUGUAUUCAAUGUGGUAAAGCCUUUGCAUGUCUCAGUCGUCUUCAAAGGCAUGAAAAAAUUCAUAUGGCAGACAAACUCUAUGAAUGUAGUCAAUGUGGUAAAGUCUUUUCACUUCUCAGUAAACUUCGAAGGCAUGUAAGAAUUCAUACUGGAAAGAAACCCUAUGAAUGCAGUCAAUGUGCCUUUGCACAUUACUGUAGUCUUCAAUAUCAUCAAAAGAAACAUACUGGAGAGAAGCCCUAUGAAUGUAGCCAAUAUAGUAUAGCCUUUGUAUGUCACAGUAGUCUUAAAAGUCAUGAAAGAUUUCAUACCGGAGAGAAACUCUAUGGAUGUAGUCAAUGUGAGAAACCCUAUGAAUACCAAUAUGGUACAGCCAUUAUAUUUCAUACUGCUAUUGAAGGGCAUGAAGUAUUUCAUAAAUGUAAUCAACAUGGUAAAGCCUUUGCAGGUCACAUUCUUCAAAAUCAUGAAAGAAUUCAUAUUGGAGAGAAACACUAUAAAUGUAAUUGA